UCUGAUCUAACUACAUGUAUAUUUAGCUAUUAUUUGUCUACUUUCGUUUUUACACAACACUGACUUCCGUCUGCGGCCUGCGGUUUUGUGUGAACUGUGAACGAACGAAUGAAUGGCAGUCAAUCACAGUUGCGAACCGCGCGCUUCUUCUUCUAGCCAGGCUACGCUGGAAGUCUAAAAUCUUUGCCUUGGGAAAGCCAGUCUCAUGUUAAUCCACAGUAUUAGUCUGUUCUAUAUCUAGAUAUCUAGAUUUAGUAUAGAUCUACAAGGUGUUGCAUAUAGAUCUAGAUUUCUAUAGUAUAAAUCUCUACUAGAUCUAGAUCUAGAUUCUAGAUCUAGAUAUCUAAUUGAAAUUGCAUUAAAAGGCUUGAAGGAUGCCUUCUAGUCGGAAAGCUGCAGCUCAAGAGAAUAAAGUGCAAGUCACUUUAUCAAAGUUCUUUUCCUCUGCUGGUCCAAAGAAAACAAAGAGUGGCCCUGUCAUAAGUACAGAUCAGAAUGAUGAUUUCCAGGUCAUUGAUGCUAAAGCAACUAAAAGGAAGUCGCCAAAUGAUGCUGAUGACCUCAUCAAAACUUCAAGCAAAAAGCCACGUCCACAAAAAUCCUCAACGUCUUCAUCAGGUGGACAGUCUUCCAAGAAGUCCUCUGAAGAGUUGAUUGAACAAUCUAUUUCACCUGGAAGUUCGCAAGACGCUAAUGGUCUCACAGAGUCAAAAAAGUCAAGUGAUACAUCUAGUUCGAAGACAAUAUCAGCAUCUGAGAAACUGCAAAAGUUCAACUUGGAGGAAAAUGAGGAGAAAGUAUGUGUGUCUGAUAAAGUUGUUACUUCUAAAAAUUGCCCUGUCAUUGACUUUACUCCCUGUGGAGACGUUGUUCCUCCUGAAGUCAUUCUGAAUUCAGACAGUGAGGAAGAAGACAAAUCGUCAUCAUCAUCAUCGAAACGAACAGCAUCUUCCAAGAAGAAGAGCUCAGCUUCUUUCUUAAGUCAGUUUGCCCCAAACAAAAACAAAAAGACUGGUUCGGUAGCUGUGAAAUAUACACCUCUUGAGCAGCAGUUUGUGGACAUCAAAGCCCAAUACCCAGAUGCUCUGUUACUUGUGGAAUGUGGGUACAAAUACAGAUUUUUUGGUGAGGAUGCUGAGACAGCAGCCAAAGUCCUAAAAAUAUUCUGUCAUCUUGACCACAAUUUUAUGACAGCCAGUAUUCCAGUACAUCGCCUCUUUGUACAUGUGAGGCGAUUGGUUUCUGCUGGCCAUAAGGUUGGAGUUGUGAAACAGACUGAAACAGCACACCUAAAGGCAGCUGGUGACAACAAGUCUGGGCCCUUCAGUAGAAAGCUUUCAGCAUUGUACACAAAGUCUACUCUCAUUGGAGAAGAUGUUGAUUCAGCGUCUGGGGAAUCUGACCUGUCCUCGACUUUGCCAGAAAGUCACUACCUCAUGUGUAUAUACGAGCAGCCUCAGGAGACAGCCAUUAAAACUGUCCAUGUUGGCCUCAUGUGUGUGGAUCCAGCAACUGGGGAUAUGGUUUUUGACUGUUUUCAAGACUCUACCACUUAUACUGAGCUGGAAACACGCAUUUCCCACCUGAAACCUGUUGAGAUUUUGCUGUCCACAAAAGUCUCUGACAGGAUGAAUCAAAUUUUAACAGACAUUUCAACUUUCAGUGCCACUAAAGAUGACAGAAUCAGAAUAGAGAAGUUGGACAAUGAUGAAUUCCUCCAUAGUCAAGCAGUAGCAGCAGUUUCUACUUUUUACAGCAAUGAUCACACUGGACUUCAAAAAGCCCUGAAACUUGAGAAACCUGUCAUCAGUUGCCUUUCAGCCCUUAUUUCCUAUCUCAGAGAUUUCAAACUCGAUAAAAUUUUAUCUGAGACAAGCAACUUCCGGCCGUUCUCUGUGAGGUCAUCAUACAUGCACCUGAGUGGUCAGUGUCUGCGCAACUUGGAGGUUUUUGCCAACUCCUGCGAUGGCUCAGAAAGGGGCUCGCUGUUCUGGAUGCUAAACCACACAAGAACGAAGUUUGGGUCUCGUUUGUUACGGCGAUGGAUCGCUCAACCCUUAUUAGACAAAGAUGAUAUUGAGGCUCGCCUGGAUGCUGUUGAAGAAAUUCGAAGGGGGGAUAUAGAUGGUUUAAAGAAGCUGAAAGACAUGAUGAUAAAGAUGCCAGAUGUCGAGAGAGGUCUAUGUUCCAUCUACCACAAAAAGAGUUCUGCCGUGGAGUUUUUCAGCGUUGCUAAAGCUCUAGAGAAGAUAUGGAAAGAACUGCUUGAGAUCCAUAGAAGUGCGGCUAGCAUUCUGCAGUCAUCUCUACUGAAAAGUCUUCUGUCAGAGAUACCUGAGCUACUCUCUGACAUUGGCACCUACAGUUCAGCUAUAAGUGAGAAAGCAGCAAGGGAGAAUGACAAGAAGAAUUUAUUUGUCGAUGAUAACCAGUUUCCCAACGUGUGCAGCAGGAAGAAAGAUAUUCAGGAAGUCAUGAAAUGUCUGAAUGAUCAUCGUAAAGAAGUAAGACUAGCACUGAAGCAACCUGGUCUAAAUUUUGUGACUGUGAAUCAGAUAGAGUUUCUUGUGGAAGUGAAAAACACCCAGAUGAAGGAGGUGCCUUCUAACUGGACUCAGAUCAGCAGUACCAAAGUGGUAUCCCGAUUUCACACUCCUUUCAUCGUCAAGCAGUACCGGAGACUGAAUGAGCUCAAAGAGCAGCUGGUUGUUGAUGUGACAGAAGCCUGGCAAGAGUUUUUGGAACAAUUUUCCUUGAACUUUACCAAGUACAAAAGAGCGGUAAAUAAGCUGGCUACUUUGGACUGCCUGAUGUCUUUGGCAAAAACAGCUUCUCAGGACUCGUUCUGCAAGCCUGUCAUCGAUGCAGAUAACGUCCAUAUUGACGUGACCCAGGGCCGGCAUCCUAUCAUUGAUGCCCUCAAGGGAGAGCAAGAACAGUUUGUACCGAAUGACACAGAGCUUAAGGCUAGUGACACGAGAGUCAUGGUAAUUUCUGGCCCCAACAUGGGUGGCAAAAGCUCUUACAUCAGACAGGUGGCCCUGAUCACAAUCCUGGCACAGGUGGGCUCCUAUGUUCCUGCUGAGUCGGCUCAUAUAGGGAUUGUUGAUGCAAUCUACACCAGAAUGGGUGCUGCGGAUGAGAUCUUCAAGGGCCAAAGCACUUUUAUGUUGGAGUUGCAAGAAGCCUCAGACAUCAUGACUCAGGUCACGGACCGUUCGCUGGUCAUUCUGGACGAGCUUGGGCGUGGAACGAGCACCCAUGAUGGUGUAGCUAUUGCCCAUGCUACAUUACAUCAUUUUGUUACACAGUGCAAGUGUCUACUCCUAUUUGUGACUCACUUCCCCAUGCUGUCAGAAUUCCAUGAUAUGUUCCCUGGUAUUGUGAAGAAUUUCCACAUGGCUUUUCUGCUAAAUGAUGAAGAGAAUGAAGGUCAAAGUUCAGCUGUUGAGGCCAUCACAUUCUUGUAUCAGCUGACAGAAGGUGCAGCGAAGAAAAGCUACGGCUUAAAUGUUGCAAGACUGGCUGAAGUAGAUUCAGACAUCAUCCAAGUUGCAGCCCUCAAGUCCAAAGAACUGGAGGCUGCUGUGAAUCUCAAGAUGAAUAGCAGAGAUUCCUUCAUGGCCUUAUGGAACGUGAAUGUUUCAGGCAUAAAAGAAGUUGUUGAACACUGUACUGAAAGCACAGUUUGAUUACUGAAACCUGUCGAGUCCAAGAAUGAUGUCACGGUUCUUUCCUAUUCUUUGAGUUGCAGUAAAAGAAAAACCGCUCAUGGCAGAUGACGAAUUGAAUAAUUAUACUAGAGCUUUGUCUGUUAUCUUAUUUUUAUAUGAAAAUAAAUGGUUCUAUUUAGCUCAAAGAGCAAAGAAGAAUUUUUACAAUACUAUACCUCUUUUGGCACAUACCUCUGUGUGGGAUGGGAAAUCAGUUUCAGAUUCUGUUAUUUUUUAAAUGAUGAAAUGUGUGCAGUUUGGUUAACUUAUAUAAUUGUUAGAAAGUCUCAAAAUAUAAGAAAGACCAACUUCUAUGCAGGUUAGUAAACUGUUAUGAAGCAACAUCA